AUGGAUAUAGAAAGAAUAAAGGAAAAAUUAGAAUUGAGGGAACAGCAGCUGAGGAUUAUGGCUGAGCAGCUUUCAGAGCAUUUGGCGACUUUAGCUACAAAUGACCAAAAAAUUCAAGAACUUGAUGAGAGAUUUAAUUUUCUUGAAAAAGAGGCGAAGAAGAAGCAGGAAAUGCUGAAUCAAGAAUUAGCGAAUAAAGAAAUUCUUUUAUCUCAGCUGCAUAGUUUAGAGUCACUAUUUGAAGGCUCUGUAGCUAAAAAAGAAAAACAAGUCCUUAAGCCAAAAAUAAAUGAAGAAUUCAAGACAACUAGCAAUUUUGUGGAAUUUUAUAGCAAAAUACAAUUUCAGCCUCAAGUGAAUUCUUUUAAAAAUUUUCCUCAGUUUCCAGAUUCUUUCGAUACUAAAGGUAUUGAUUUAGGCUUGGUAAAAUCAAUAUCGAGUGGCAAAAUUGAUAUAAAAACAGAAUUAAAGAAGAUGGGAAUAGAAAUUUAG